AUGUCAGGAUAUGACCCAACAGGCAUUGCGGACGUCGUCUACGGCGUGGAUGCAAGCCACAAGAAGAUCUUCCCCAUCUAUGCCCAGGCCAACUUUGAGCGCGUAGCGAAGAAAUAUGGCCGCCCUGUCGGCACGCUGCGGGUGAGGGCACCGUUCUUUCGAGAUACUCUGGUGACGACGGAUCCGCAGAACAUUCAGACCAUGCUGGCGCUGAAGUUCAAGGACUUUGGGCUGGGAGUGAACCGAACUGAUAACUUCGAACCGCUUCUUGGACACGGCAUCUUCGCUACCAAUGGCAAGCAAUGGGAGUACUCGCGAGCAUUACUGCGUCCGCAGUUCAUUCGCGGCCAAGUCAGCGACCUCGAUCUCGAAGAAAAGCAUGUCAAAGCUCUCAUGACAGUGCUCAAUCGCCACGUCGGACCCAAUGGCUGGACAGACUUGGUCGAUCUUCAGCCUCUCUUCUUCCGACUCACACUCGACUCCGCCACCGAAUUCCUCUUCGGAGAGAGCGUCAACAGCCAAUUGGAGACCGGCGAGUCCGGGGCUGAAAAGGACGGCAGCUUCGCGAACGCUUUCGACAGGGCGCAAUACACUCUCUCGAUUGGGUCGCGUCUGGGGCCAAACUACUGGAUCGUCCAUCGCCCCGAAUUCCAUCGAAUGGUCAAGCAGGUCCACGAAUUUGUCGACUAUUUUGUUCAAAAGGCUCUUCAUCAGGGUGCCAGUGAAAAGCCCGUGAACGAAGACAAGUACGUCUUCCUCAACGCCUUGGCCAAGGAAACCCAAGAUCCCGUGGAACUUCGAUCCCAGCUCCUCAACAUCCUGCUUGCGGGCCGAGACACCACGGCAUCGACUUUGGGCUGGUUCUUUUUCACCAUGGCCGAUCCUCGAUAUGCGUCCGUCUUUCGCAAGCUGCGGGCUGUAAUCCUGGACGAAUUCGGAACGUACUCGAACCCGAAGGAGAUCACAUUCGAGAACAUGAAGGGUUGCCAGUAUCUCCAAUGGUGCUUGAAUGAGAUUCUUCGUCUGUAUCCUGCAGUCCCCAUGAAUGUCCGCACAGCGCAGGUCGACACGACGCUGCCCACGGGCGGUGGCCUCGACGGACAGUCUCCGAUCUUUGUACCCAAAGGCCAAGACGUGGGCUAUUCGGUUCACCUGAUGCAUCGCCGCAAGGACAUUUGGGGCCCCGAUGCCGAAAUCUUCAAGCCGGAGCGAUGGCUGACGCGGAGGCCCGGCUGGGACUAUCUUCCCUUUAACGGCGGACCCAGAAUCUGCAUCGGCCAGCAAUUUGCACUAACAGAGGUCGGAUACGUCGUGAUUCGGCUGAUGCAGCGAAUCGACAGCAUCGACGGGUCGCAGGUUGGUCCUGUCAGGCAUGGUCUGACACUUACCAACUGCCCGGGCGAGGGAGUCAAGGUCAGGCUGCACUUUGCCGAGUAG